UAUAAGAAUGUUCUAUAAUACGCUCACAAACAACAGAAACAAUAUACAAUAGUAAUAUUAUUUCAAAUAGAACAGGAAUACUACAAAGAUCUAGAUACAUAGUAUUACUAAUGAAAUAUUAUAGGGCUUCUAGAGCUAAUCUGCUCAAAAUGCAUCCAAAUGGCUUGUUUUACUUCCUGCAGUUAUUGUGUUCAUUGUUUGGGUUCAUACAGUUGUAUCAGUUGUUCUCUACUGUUAUUGUUAUGCAUUCAAUGAGAUAUGUAAUAUCCUUAAAAUAUGUCAGUCAGUUUACUUAAUGAUAGAAAAGGGCUCCCUUAAUCAGAACGGUUGUGAACCAGAGAUCUAGAGAUAUAGACAGAGCUUAAGAGGUCUGUGUUGUUUUACAGCAGGGAUGUGUGAAGCAGCAGAGAAGGACCUGUACGCUGUCCUGGGAGCCAGCUCCUCAGACUCGGUCCAGCAGCUCAAACACAGAUACCAGCAGCUGGCCUUACAGUACCACCCAGAUCGUCUUGGAGGUGAGGGCUCUUCAGAAGCGGAGUAUGGCGUGAAGAAGUUUCUUGAAGUUGCUGCUGCCUGGAGGAUCCUCAGUGACCAGAACACCAGGACACAGUACGACCUGCAGCGGAGAGGUAGGGCUCUCUAACCCUAACCCUAAAACGUAGUUAUUAUUUUUGUUGAUACAAUUAAUUCCUUACUCCUUAUGGCAAAGAUCAAGAUUUGCAUUAAACAAUCUGGAGCAAUUUUGUCCGGCUUGAAAAUUGUGUUUUGGUUUCAGACAUUAUGAUACAGUUCUCAAGUGAGUGUAAUCUGUAAACUCAUCCAAAGUAGAACCAGAGAGUGUACAAGCUGCUACAGUGCGUUCAUUUUACAUAUUUGAUUCUGCAUCAUUCCACUGAGGAUGUAAUGACUGUCCAGUCUAAUUCAGACAAACAAAAUGACCAAGAUGUUGGAGAAGUGCAGCUGGGGGUAGGGUUCGGAUGAAAAAGAGAGCUGGUACACAAAAAAGAUGUCAAGUUAGUCGUGUUGGCGCAAGACCGACAUGGUAAUCCUAACAGGGGAGUUUUAAAGCUGUGUCUGUGUGUCUGUGUGUGUGUGUGUGUGUGUGAUAUAAACCCCAAAACAUCCAACUAAUGCAAUGAGUUAACAGAAGCCAAGUGUUAUAUGACACUGUUAUCAUAAAUUAAUAAAAGGACAGAAUCUUGUGCACUGGUGUAUGUAAUUAGAUAUUGUUUUAUUAAAUUACACAGAACCAGUCAGAUGUAACAAUGAUGCCCAACCCUACUUUUAAGUAUUGUAGGUUGGAAAAGUGGCUCUGAAGGGUGUGUGUUUUACUGACUGUAUUGAACACUAUGAGGAGCGGAUGCUGCAACACUAAGCUUCAAGUAUAUUUGAUGAAACUGGCUACAGCAGGCACAAAAGCAGUGUGUAAGUGGAGCCUUUGAGAUGGUAAAUGGU